AUGUGCCGCGAGAUCUUGGCGAUCGAUCACCCUAUGGCCCUCGAGUCCAUCAUCUCGUUGUCGCUGCUCUACCACCAGCUCGACCAAGUUCCGAAGGCUAUUCCCUUAUUCUACAAGAGCGCCACGCACAUUGUCACGAUACACGUGGCUUUGGUCUUACUGGAUCUGACUAUUGACAUGGUUACCGCAACCAAGUCAGAUAUCAUGACAAAGCGGGGGAAGCUUCUCAUUAUAAUUGUGGAGCGCUACCAGUUCCAUUAUGGCAAAUAG